AUGGCUCUGGGUAUCUUCGAUAUCUCAUAUCUUAAUCUUUUUAAUAAUCUUGGUGGCCAUCUAUUAGGAGACCAGGUUAUAGAGAAAGUUUAAAGUGUUCUUCAAAUCCUAGUUUGUGAGGUUGAUCUAGAGCCUAAAAUUGAAGAAAUCACCUUUGAUUUUGCAAUUAAACUUCAUUAAAGUUGCGCUAAUUUAGAUAAGUUACUAGGUAAUAAAGAGAUUUAAGUUUAUGGUGGAUUUUGUUUUAUUCAUGAAAUACUCUCUCAGUCAAAUCAAUACUCAUAGCAUAUUCACAAAGAUGACACAACAGAGGAUAAGGUAUCAGUUAUGCUGCUUUAGUCAAUGAGAGGAGCGGAUGAGCUCUUAUCUUCAACUGAAAUAUACAAGAAAAUGUUUGCACUUGCAGAUGAGAGAAUGUAAUACCAUAAAGUUUCCUCUCGAGUUUAUUAGCUUAUCAAACUUAUGCAACCCUUAGUCGAGCUUAUUUAGACUAAAGAAGAUAUCAAUUAUCUCCACAAUAGACUCAUUGAUGAAAUCGGAGAGGGAAGCAUUAUUGAAGCAUAAACAUUGACUGCGUAAAUACAAAGAUUAAAAGUUACUCUUGAAAACUUAAGAGAGGCAUUAUUCGAUAAAAGAAAAGAAUUCAAGAUUCUCUAUAAAUUCUCUACGAAAUGUCUAGGAGACAUCAAGAAAAGAGAUUUGUUCUAACUGGCAAACAUUAGCUCUGAGGAUGAUUUAAAGUUAGAAAUAGCAAGACUGCUAGAAUUAAAAAGAAAACCUCUGCUUAACUCAGAGCUAUUUGAAUUCUCAUUUUCAGAUGGAAAGAUUAAAUCACUUGAAAACCAUGAUAAAAUUACUACAAACUAAUCAACUUAUGUUUACGAUGAGGACUCAUUGACUGAUACCUAUGACAGUAGCUAUACUAGAGCGAGUUUUUAGAACAAGAUAACAUUCGGCUAUUUUAGCAAGAAAAUUCAAAGUAUUCGUAACUCUCUAUUGAAUAGGUAUGACAUCUUUGAGUUCAAAGCAGAUGCCCAGUUAUUCUCAUUGUGCUAUUUCAACUAGGAUCAUUCCAAGAAGCCUAACUUCUUGCUUUUCAAUUAACUAAGCAGAGCCUUUUGGAGAUAUUUCAGCAUUGACUUUGCCCGCACCUUUCUAUACGCAUUUAUAGCUGAGUUUCUAUCUCUUGUAAGCUUUUUAUCAAUUGGCUCAGUUUUGAGGAACAUGAAAUACUAGGAAAUAAGCCGCCUUGAAAACUUUUUCUACAUUAUGCUGAUUAUCAUGAUUCUUUUAUGCCUAAGUGCAAUGAAAAACCAGUACCAGUUACAAGGCCAAUUGAUCCCACUUAAAUUUAGAAAGUGUUUGGUCGAUCUACUCUUUGAAAAAGUGAAGAGAAUUAAAACUGAGGAUGCUAUUAAGAGCAAUAUCUAGACCUAGUUCAUCAGCAUUGUGUCACAUGACAUGGUGUUCCUGGAAAGAAGCAUGGGCUUCAUGAUUUACAUUCUAGUAGGACCUCUCAUCAAUCUACUUGCAUUGAUCUAUGUCUACCAAUAGUUUGGAAGUACAGCAAGUACAAUCUUUGUGAUUGGAUUUUCUGUGCAAAUUGCUUCUUAAGUAAUUAUUAGCAAGAUAAGCUUCAACCUGAGGUUUAUGGAGUCCUUUUUGAACGAUAAAAGAAUGAGAGAUAUCAAGGAAGUUCUUAACAACAUAAUUCCGAUUUAAACCAAUAAUUUUCAAUAGUUUUUUGAGAAAAAGAUUCUCAAAAAUAGACAAGAUUAAUCAUAAUACACAUUUACCAUCAAUUUAAUCUUGAGCAUUGGCAACGCAUUCUUUCAAAACACUGGAAUUAUAGUCUUUUUAUUUACGAUACUAACAAUAAAAAGUCAAGACAUCCUUGUCAGCUAAGUUGAUUUGUUCGCUUUAUUCGCUACCUUUGGAUACUUAGCCACUUCAAUCAACUCUAUUACCUUCGGGGGAUUUAUGUGCUACAGCUAGUUCAAAGCAGUUCUUGUAAAAAUCCAAAAACUCCUUAAUAUUCCAGAAAGAAUGGAGCAUAAGCAUAACCUAUAAACUUCUUAUCAAAACACUAUGGUUAUUUCUACUGAUGAUCAUGAAGAAUCUAAAUAUAUCUAUCAAGUAGUUCCAAAGUCUAGCUCUUAAUAUGAAUUGAAAUCAUUUAGAGAAUAAAACUAUAAUAUGAAAAAUAAACUUCAGAUUGAUCAGAAGCAAAAGAUACUAAUAGUGGGCGAAACAGCUUCUGGAAAAAGCCAAAUGAUUAGAUAGCUGGUAGGUGAUCUCAGUAUUGAUAAUAACCUUGAUGAUUGCUUGUCUUACCCAACUAUUGUUUCUUAUGCUCCAUAGCUAGGAUUUACAAUAGUCGGAACUAUUGAGGAAAAUAUUCUAUUUGGCCAACCGUAUAGUUAGUAGAGACUAUUUGAAGUUCUAAGUAUUUGCUAAAUAAGUGAUGAAAUCUUCUAAAUGCCUAAUGGCUUUAACACUUAGAUACAAGAAAAUGCUAAAAAUCUUAGUGGAGGCCAAAUGUAAAGAAUAAGUCUUGCAAGAGCAUUGUAUAGAGAUGCAGAUGUGUUCCUGUUGGAUGAUCCUCUAUCAUAAGUUGAUUAGUCGGUUGCUGAUUAGAUCAUGCUUUAGAUACUUUAAAAUCAAAGAUUGAAGGACAAAUGCAUAGUUAUGACAUCCUAGACCAACAGAUAUUAAGACAAUUUCAAUUAAAUUAUAAAUCUUUCAGAAAAAGAAGAAUAAGAAAUAGUAAGUAAUAGGACAUCAGUCAAUUCAGAGGACAUAAGCAUCUUUGAUACUCAAAAUGAAUCAGUAAAAAGUGUUAAUCUGGGGAAAAAUUUCAAAUAGCUCAGAUAAAGUGAUCAAGAAUGCAAGAUUCAUUACAAGACUUUUAUAUCGAUGAUAACCUAUUCAUAUGGAAAAUUAGGUCUGCUAUUAUUUGCAGUAUUCGCUUUCUUGCCUAACCUUACAUUUUUAAUGUUAACAUAUGAGCUGUCAAAGAUAAUUAGUUCUGACUUCAGUCUAAACGAUGAUGUGUUGAAAAAUUUCAUUGGUAUUUCAAUUACUCUGAUUGUAUUCUCAGUAUCUAGAAAUUUUACAAACAAUUUUCUACUAAGACAAAGUAGCUAAAAGAUUCACUCAGACAUAAUCAGAUAUAUACUCUACGGCAAUUCAAACUAUCUCAAGAAAUCUCAGCAUUAAGUUAUUCAGACUAAUUUGUCUAAAGAUCUUGCGAUUUUUGACAUGCAAAUCCCUUACCUCUUAACUAAUAUAUCAAAUGGAAUUAUAAAGACUGCUAUUGUCUUUAUCGCCAUAUUGUACACAUUCCCAUCUACUCUCGUGAUUCUCAUUCUAGGUUUAAUAUCUUACCUAUCCUUUCUAAUGAUUAUACGGGUAAGCAAAAUAUUGAAUAUAUACUAAGAAAAUGACAAUUCUGCCAGAGGAAACUUUAACAAUUAAGUUAACAGCGUCUCAAGGGGACUCACUUUAAUAAGAGUUAUGAAUGCUUUUGACGUGCUUAAGCAUAGAUUGAUAGAAGAAUCAAAUCUAUCAGCUCAUAUUGGCUUUUCAAUGGCUAUAGCUAUGAGAUGGAUAUCCCUCAGAAUAGAUGUUUGUUCAAAUGUUCUUGUUUCACUAUGUCUUAUAAUGCCCUUGAUUUUUAAUGAUCACAUUCAAGAUAGCUCCUUAUUGAUGGUGAUUCAGCUGUCUAUUGAUCUUGCAUUUGUAAUGAGUAUUACAAUUAAAUUAGCCAUUGAGUUUAUAAAUCUAUCUUCCUCUUGGGAGAGAUUAAUGCUUUUGGCCUCUGAUUAGAAUUUUAGUGUAGAAGACAAGAAGGUACAAUUGAAGCAGCAAGUCAAGUUCAAAAAUAUAUCUGUUGCACUUCCUAGAUCCAACAAGCAUAUCUUAAAGGAUGUAACAUUUAAGAUUUUGAAAGGAUAGAAAGUUGGGAUUAUUGGAAGGACAGGAUCUGGUAAGAGCACAUUAGCCCUUACUCUGAUUGGUAAGAUCAGACACAACCACGGGCAGAUUGUUCUAGACAGCCAAGUCCUUAAAAGAGUUAAAAUUGAUUCAGCUUAUCUUGGUUAGCACCCAUUCAUAUUCAAAGGAACAAUCAGAGAAAAUCUUGAUCCUAUGAAUCAGAAAACUGAAGAUGAGAUAAUACUUGCUCUUAAAAACUCAUUAAUUUGGGAUAGAAUUCAAUCUUUACCGAACUAAUUAGAUGAGGAAAUUGAUUUUAAUGAUUAGAGACUUUCUCCAGGAUAAUAGCAGCAAUUAAGUCUAGCUAGAAUUGUAUUGAACAGUAAAAGUGAGUUGAUAAUUUUGGAUGAGAUCUACUCAAACAUUGAUGAGUAAUGUUCUCAUAAGAUAAAGAAGGCUAUUGAAACUAUUUUUGAACAGAACACAGUGAUAUAAAUCUCUCAUAAGAUUGAGACUGUGAUUGAUAGUGACUAAAUUAUUGUUGUGAGUAGUGGAUCAAUUAUUGAAAAUGAUCAUCCCUUCAGAUUAUUGUCGACUCAAGAUAAUGAUUCAAACAUCACAAACUGUGGUAGUACCUUUUCAAAACUAGUCAUUAAGUCUGGAGAUGUCAUUAAAGCAUAGGAUCUUUUUGAAAGAGCAAAAGAAUCUUAUCAAAAACAUUUAAAAUGA